AUGGAUUGCUUAACCCCAAUAGAUGAUUCUGCAGAAGUUGGUGAAGAGGACAGCUUCUUGGGUCAGACUUCUGCCAACCCCAACCCACCACAGACUUUCAACUAUUUCUCUCAAGUCCCUAGUAGCAGUGAUCCAUUUGGAAGUAUUGGGCAGCCACCCUUAACAACUGUUGCACCACCUGUUGGAGCACCAGCCUUCUCCAGGCCUCCAACUUCACUUCCACUUGUGUCUGGGUCACAGGAUGGGCAAAAUGCCUUUUCACCGCAUAUUCCCAAGUCACAGUCCUCUUACAGUGCACCACCUACUUCACAGGUGGGAAUCACAGCUUACCAGACUCCUCAGCAGAGCUGUCCCCCGCCUGCAAAUGCGUCUACUCUUCCCCAAGGAACAUCUCAGCAGGGGUAUAACCCUUAUCGGCACACCACCCUGAGCAGCAGAGCUAACCCAUACCUUACUCCGCCGCAGCUGCAACAGAGUCACGCGCCUGCUCACCCACCAUCCUCUGUACCACCUGUCCAGAUGUAUCAGACACCUCCAGGAUCAUUGACACAGUUUCCACAGUCUCAGUCACAGCUCCGAGCUCCCAGGCCUGCAGGUCCACUGGUCCAGGCACCUCCUGUUUUGCUGCAGAACCAAUAUGAGCCGGUUCAGCCUCACUGGUUCUACUAUAAGGAGGUGGAGGACAAGCAAAUAUGGAUGCCAUUCAGCAUUCUGGAUUCUGCAAAACUAGAGGAAAUCUAUAAUUCUGUCCAGCCUGAUCCUGAGAGUGUGGUUCUGAGCACUGAUGGGGGACGCUAUGAUGUAUACCUCUAUGACAGAAUGAGAAAAGCUGUUUACUGGGAAGAAGAGCCUUCUGAAGUGAGACGGUGCAUGUGGUUUUAUAAGGGAGACAAGGAUAGCCGGUUUAUUCCUUACACUGAGGAUUUUAGUGAUAAGCUAGAGGCAGAAUAUAAAAGGGCUGUAACUACAAAUCAAUGGCAUCGGCGACUUGAAUUCCCAAAUGGGGAGACAAUUGUUAUGCAUAAUCCCAAGGUCAUAGUUCAGUUCCAACCUUCUGCCGCACCAGAUGAAUGGGGCACCACUCAAGAUGGUCAGGCAAGACCGAGGGUGGUAAAACGUGGAAUUGAUGAUGACCAUGAUGAAAUUCCUGAUGGAGAAAUGUCCCAAAUUGACCAUCUAGUAUUUAUGGUUCAUGGCAUAGGUCCUGUAUGCGACUUGAGAUUUAGAAGCAUUGUUGAAUUUGUUGAUGAUUUUAGGACUGUUUCUCUGAAGUUGUUGCAGACUCACUUUAAGAAAUCCUUAGAGGAACGUAAAAUAAGCAGGGUGGAAUUCCUCCCAGUUCACUGGCAUAGCUCUCUGCAUGGAGAUGCAACAGGUGUAGACAGGAACAUAAAAAAAAUCACUUUGCCAAGCAUUGGACGCCUGCGCCACUUCACCAAUGAAACACUCCUUGACAUACUGUUCUACAACAGCCCCACCUACUGUCAGACGAUUGUGGAUAAAGUGGGGAUGGAAAUGAAUCGUUUGUAUGCUCUUUUCAUGAGUCGCAACCCAGACUUCAAAGGAGGAGUCUCUGUGGCUGGGCACAGUUUAGGUUCCUUAAUUCUAUUUGACAUAUUGUCUAACCAGAAGGACUUGGCUUCAUCAGUAAAUACUGGACCGUUCUCUGGUGUUAAUGGGACUGUAAAAGACGUGGCUGUUCAUGAUAAACAGACGACUGAAGAUACCAGUUCCUUGGGCUCCUCAAUUACUACUUCUGGUGAUGACUUUUGUGAGCCUGAAGUAGAUGAUGAUGUUCCUACUUUGCAGAAGACUCUGGAAAUGCUUAGUUUGUCAGAGUAUGCAAGCACAUUUGAAAAGGAGCGAAUUGACAUGGAGUCUCUGCUGAUGUGUACAGUCGAUGACCUGAAGGAAAUGGGGAUACCUCUUGGACCAAGAAAGAAAAUAGCUAAUUUUGUAAAAGAUAGAGCAGCCAAGCAGGAACAAAAGAAAGCAGUAGCAGAAAAGAAAGCAGUGCUGGCUGCCACACUCCAAACUCAAGAAGAUGCCCAGAAAGCAAAAGAGACAGUUAGUUCUGUCUCCCCUUCAGAGUCUGGUCAGCUGCACUCAAAGAGGAAGCUUCCAGUUGGUGCAUCCGUUUCUUCUGUGAACAUUGACUAUGAGUAUUUUGAAGUUGGAACUGGCCAGGUUUCUGUGGUUUACAGUGCCUUGGACUUUGAACCAGAUAUUUUCUUUGCUCUCGGUUCUCCUAUUGGUGUGUUCCUUACUGUGAGAGGCGUGGAGAAGAUUGAUGAAAACUACAGACUUCCUACUUGCAAGGGAUUCUUCAAUAUCUAUCAUCCCCUUGAUCCAGUAGCUUACAGGUUAGAACCAAUGAUCAUUGAAGACAUGGAUUUAAAACCAGUUCUUAUUCCACAUCAUAAAGGCAGAAAAAGACUUCAUUUAGAGUUGAAAGACUCUCUCUCUCGUAUGGGAUCUGACCUGAAACAGGGUUUUAUUAGCUCUUUGAAGAGCGCAUGGCAGACCCUUAAUGAAUUUGCACGUGCUCAUACAUCUUCAACUCAGCUACAAGCGGAACUGGAGAAAGUAGCUAACCAAAUUAAAGAGGAAGAAGAAAAGCAAGUGGUAGAAGCUGAAAAGAUCACGGAAAGUCCAGACCCUCCAAAAGAUGAAGAUUUUUUAGUGAAGGUUGGAAUGCUAAAUGGAGGACGUCGUAUUGAUUAUGUUCUACAAGAAAAACCCAUAGAAAGCUUCAAUGAAUACCUUUUUGCUUUACAGAGUCAUUUGUGCUACUGGGGAUCUGAAGACACUGCCUUGCUGUUUCUCAAAGAAAUAUACAGGACUAUGAAUAUCAAUCCUGAGCAGUCACAGCAUUGAUGUAUAGAAACAUGAAUUUCCAUACCUGUUGCUCCGACAGACCUGGUGAAAAACGCUUUGAAGAACAUCUAGUAAUUUCAUAGUUACAGAUGACAGGAUAAGCAUCAGACUUUUUUCCUGCCAGUCCAGAACUUGCUCAGAUUCUACCUUCUUGUGUCACUUCAAGCAAACUUAAAUUUUGAGAUGAUCAGCACUGUCAUUCAAGAGAUGGAUGGAAUGACACAAUUUUGAUCUUAAAAGCAGUUUAAUUGUACGGUUGCCAAGUACAAAGUGAUCACCGAAGAAGUUUGGUUCUUUUUUUUUGGCAUGCAAAUCAGUACUUCUCUCCUUCAGCUAUCCUGCCUUAGCUGGCUGUCAAACAUGCUUUGCCUAUCAAGGCAGCAUGUCCUUAUUAAAAAGGACUUGUUGAGAAACAGCAAUAAUCUGCUUUUCUUGACACGUUUCUUGGUCCACCUUUUAAAAAUAAAAUGUGAACUGUAGUUAUAACUAUCUUUAAUACAGA